AUGCCUGUCUGUGGCUGCCACAGCCCCACCCACCCUCAGGAAAGGCGAGCGUCCCCCACACCCCUGCCCCCCCAGGAGGUGAGACGUCCUCCCCGGCGCCGUGCGGUCCUCUCCUCCCUCUCCCUGUCCCUCCUGGGCCUCCUGAUGUGCCUGUUCCACCUGCCCCCCGCCUGUCACUCUCGCAGAGACAAGGGCGGGGGCGUGGCCCACUACAUCCCCAUGGCCCAGCCCCCCCACCACCAGGUGCUGCCCAAGCUGGUGCAGGGCCUCAGCAUCGCCGUGGUGCUGGUGGGCAACUCUAGCGAGGUGGCGUUGGCGGGCGCCCGGGAGAAGGACGACUUCCUGCACAUGCCACUGGCGCCCAACGUGGAAGUGCUCACCAUGAACGAGACGGACCCAAAGAGCAUCAUCAAGAGCAUCUGUGACCUGAUGACAGAGCACUGGCUACAGGGUGUGGUGUUCGGGGACGACACGGAUCAGGAGGCCAUAGCCCAGAUCCUGGACUUCAUCUCUGCACAGACACACAUCCCCAUCCUGGGGGUCCGCGGUGGCUCCUCCAUGAUCAUGGCUGCCAAGGAUGACAACUCUAUGUUCUUCCAGUUUGGCCCGUCCAUCGAGCAGCAGGCCUCGGUCAUGCUCAACAUCAUGGAGGAGUACGACUGGUACAUCUUCUCCAUCGUCACCACAUACUACCCCGGAUACCUGGACUUUGUCACCAAGAUCCGGAGUACCAUAGAGAACAGCUUUGUGGGCUGGGAGCUGGAGGAGGUUCUGCUGCUGGACAUGUCAGUGGACGAUGGAGACUCUAAGAUCCAGAACCAGCUGAAGAAGCUGCAGAGCCCCGUCAUCCUGCUGUACUGCACUAAGGAGGAGGCCAACACCAUCUUCGAAGUGGCCCACUCCGUAGGGAUCACGGGCUACGGCUACACCUGGAUCGUCCCCUCGCUGGUAGCUGGAGACGCUGAAGUGAUCCCUGCCGAGUUCCCUACAGGUUUAAUCUCUGUGUCGUAUGACGAGUGGGACUACGGCCUGGAGGCUCGCGUGCGCGAUGGGGUGGCUGUCAUUGCCAUGGCAACCUCCACCAUGAUGCUCGACAGGGGGGCACACACCCUGAUGAAGUCUGAGUGCCACGGGGCCACGGACAAGAAGGGGCCCAUUGCUGGGAACCCCAAUGAAGUGCUCAGGUACCUGAUGAACGUGACGUUUGAGGGUCGGAACCUGUCCUUCAGUGAGGACGGCUACCAGAUGCAUCCCAAACUGGUCAUCAUCCUACUGGACAAGAUGAGGCAGUGGGACAAGGUGGGGAAGUGGGAGAACGGCUCCCUGUCCAUGAAGUACCACGUCUGGCCUCGCUUUGAGAUCUACUCAGGGGCAGAGAGCCGGGAGGACGACCACCUUUCCAUCGUUACGCUGGAGGAGGCUCCGUUUGUCAUCGUGGAGGACGUUGACCCCCUCAGUGGCACGUGUAUGAGGAACACUGUGCCCUGCAGGAGACAGCUCCAAACAAUAAAUAAAACCGUCGACUCGGGGAUCUAUAUCAAGCGCUGCUGUAAGGGAUUCUGCAUCGACAUCCUGAAGAAGAUCGCCAAGCACGUCAAGUUCACCUACGACCUCUACCUGGUGACCAACGGAAAACACGGCAAGAAGAUCAACGGCACCUGGAACGGCAUGGUGGGAGAGGUGGAGACAAAAAAGGCCCACAUGGCGGUGGGCUCCCUCACCAUCAACAAGGAGAGGUCAGAGGUAAUUGACUUCUCGGUGCCCUUCAUUGAGACGGGGAUCAGCGUCAUGGUAUCCCGUAGCAACGGCACCGUCUCGCCCUCUGCCUUCCUCGAGCCCUUCAGUGCUGAUGUGUGGGUGAUGAUGUUCGUGAUGCUGCUGCUGGUGUCGGCGAUUGCUGUGUUUGUGUUUGAGUACCUCAGCCCUGUGGGCUACAACCGCUGUCUGGCUGAUGGUAGAGAGCCUGGAGGGCCCUCCUUCACCAUCGGCAAGGCCAUCUGGCUGCUGUGGGGUCUGGUCUUCAACAACUCUGUCCCAGUGCAGAACCCCAAGGGUUGGACCAGUAAGAUCAUGGUAUCGGUGUGGGCCUUCUUCGCUGUCAUCUUCCUGGCCUCCUACACUGCCAACCUGGCAGCCUUCAUGAUCCAGGAGGAGUAUGUGGACCAGGUGUCUGGACUCAGCGACAAGAAGUUCCAGAGACCCAAUGACUUCUCCCCUCCGUUCCGGUUUGGGACGGUCCCUAACGGCAGCACGGAAAGGAACAUCAAGAACAACUACAAGGAGAUGCAUGGCUACAUGAUCAAGUUCCACCAAAAGAAUGUGGAUGAGGCCCUCUAUGGUCUGAAGACUGGUAAACUGGACGCCUUCAUCUACGACGCAGCAGUGCUGAACUACAUGGCCGGGAGGGACGAGGGCUGUAAGCUGGUGACCAUCGGCAGUGGGAAGGUGUUUGCCUCCACGGGCUACGGCAUCGCCAUCCAGAAGGAGUCUGGCUGGAAGAGACACGUCGACCUGGCCAUCCUUCAGCUCUUUGGAGACGGUGACAUGGAGGAGCUAGAGGCCAUGUGGCUUACGGGGAUCUGCCACCAUGAGAAGAACGAGGUGAUGAGCAGCCAGCUGGACGUGGACAACAUGGCCGGCGUCUUCUACAUGCUGGGGGCGGCCAUGGCUCUGUCGCUCAUCACCUUCAUCGCCGAGCAUGCCUUCUACUGGCAACUGCGCUUCUGCUUCAUGGGCUACUGCACGGGCAAGCCAGGCUUCGUCUUCUCCAUCAGCAGGGGCAUCUACAGCUGCAUCCACGGGGUUCAGAUCGAGGAGAAGAGCAGCUCAGCUCUCGACUCUCCAUCGGUCACCAUGAACAACACCCAAUCCAACAUCCUGCGUCUGCUCCGAACCGCUAAGAACAUGGCCUCCCUGUCCGGGGUUAACGGCUCACCUCACAGUGCCCUGGACUUUAUCCGCCGUGAGUCAUCCGUCUACGACAUCUCUGAGCACCGCCGCAGCCUGGCAGGUCACUCGGACUGCAAGCCCCCGUACAUGCCGGAGGAUAACAUGUUCAGUGACUACAUCAACGAGGUGGAGAGGACGUUCGGGAACCUCCAUCUGAAGGACAGCAACCUGUACCAGGACCACUACCUGCACCACCACGGAGGCUCUGCCCUGGGGCUCAGCGGCCCGCCACUUAACAGACCCCACAGCCUGGGCAGCAACAGCUCUCUGGAAGGGGGCAUGUUUGACUGUGACAGUUUAGGGGGAGGAGUGGCACCUAUCUUCACCACCCAGCCACGCUCUGCCCUGACGCACAGGAACAUGAGUAAGUUUGACCUGAUUGCCGGUCAGAACCCACCCUCCGGGCCGGGCUUCAAAUCGGGACUUUCAGACCUGUACGGAAAGUUCUCCUUCAAGGGAGGGGCCUCUAGCUCAGGUUACAUCCCCGGGCACGACAGGUACUGUGGGGGAGGGGGCAGAGAGGAUGACGGAAACAUUCGUUCAGACGUUUCAGACAUCUCCACUCACACGGUCACCUACGGGAACCUAGAGGGCAACGCUAAAAAGCGUAAGCAGUAUCGCGACAGCCUGAAAAAGAGGCCCGCCUCGGCCAAGUCGAGACGAGAGCUGGAUGAGAUUGAGCUGGGCUACCGGAGAAAGCCCUACCACACAGGCUACCACCACUACCACGGCCACCGCUCCUCCUCCCCGCCCCUACUGGCCUCCGAACGCAAGAGAGGAGGAGGGGGCAAUGCAGGGAGCACAUCCUACCUGUUCCGUGACAAAGAGAGUGUGAGGGAUUUCUAUUUGGACCAGUUCCGCCCCAAAGAUGGUGUCCCCCAAUGGGAACAUGUUGAUCUGACAGACGGUCCUGGAGGGGGGGGUGGAGGGGGCGGGGGGAACUGCACCAGUUUGGUGUCAGUGGACGACUUCCUGAAACAAAAUAAACCCAAGAAAUCAGAGUCUAAGAGUGGGGGAGGCACAUCAGGGGCGGGGUUGGCAGGAGGAGACUGGGAGUGUCGUAACUGCCGUGCCAGCGGAGGAGGGGGCAAGCAGAUGUCGAUGCAUGGCAGCGGGGCGGGGGAGAGGGGAGGCGGAUAUGGUGGAGGGGUUAGUUGUGGAUCCUCGGGGGGUGGAGGGAACAGCCGUCCCAGCUCUGCCACCUGCAUGCGCUGCGAGGGCUGCAAAAAGACAGGCAACCUGUAUGACAUCAGUGAGGACAACAACCACCUCUUGGAACAGAUGGGGGGUGGGAAAGGCGGAGGCAUGGGGGCUGUGGGGUUAAGUGGAGGCGCCCAGCCUCAAUCUCAAGCCCAGCGUAGGAAGUCUGCUGGCUUUGGAAAGCCACUCCGACGGCAACACUCUUGCGACACCUUCGUAGACCUUCAGAAAGAGGAGGCAGUCGGAGUCAGGGGGGUCAUGGGGGAUCUAGGAGGGGGAGGUGGGGGCAUGGGGGGUGUAGGAAUGGGCGGGAUGUUGCCUCCCCCCAGAAGUGUUAGCUUAAAAGAGAAGGAGCGCUAUAUGGAGGGUGUUAGCCCCUUCGCCCACAUAUUUGAGAGGCAUGGAGGCUCAGAGAGGGAGAAGGAGCGAGACAGAGACCCCCUGUUCUAUGGUGGUGAGAUGGCCAAAGAAGCAGGGUCGCCAUUCGGCUUGUUCCGAGGUGGUGAGGGCCUGCACCGCCGCUCAGUGGGGGAAAGGGACAUGAGGGACAGAGAAAGAGCCAUGAUGGAGGGCGGUGGAGGAGGAACCUACUCCUUAUCCAAAUCUCUCUACCCGGAUAGAGUCAACCAAAACCCCUUUAUUCCAACCUUUGGUGACGACCAGUGUCUCUUGCAUGGCGCCAAACAAUACUACAUGAAAAAGCAACAGCAACAGCAGCAGAUGCCCCCCAAAAACAGCCGAAGUGACUUCCGGGGCUCGGUGGGUGUGACGUCUUUCUUGCCAGCGACUGCCACUGCUGGGGUCAUGUCCACCGUGGCCCCCAGGUUCCCUAUGGAGCUGUGUCUGGGAGGGAACCUCCACGGCUCCACACUGGGUUUGGGGCCAAUGCAGCGCCCGUUCAAUGGCAGCAACGGGCACGUGUACGAGAAACUCUCCAGCAUAGAGUCAGACGUGUGAGAGAGGAGACUGGGUGGGGAGGCAUGGAGGGAGGGAGGCAUGGCAUUAGUGCUGGGAAGACAGGGAUGACGAGGCACCACUGUCCACAUUGCAACCGCAAUACUUUUAACAAGGAAGGAGAACAGUCAGGGAAGAGAAGAUGAACGACAGAAUGGUGAAAAGGUUCGACAGAAAAGAGCAGGGUGAGUUAGAAGGAAAGAUGGGGACAUUCAAGCCCUGUUAUUUUGUUACAAAACAAUGAAUUCAAGAGGUGACACGUGGGUAGGGUUAUGUUAACUCUAUUAUUUAUUUGGCCGUUGCCAUCAAUACACUCAAAAAGAACACAAAAUUGACACCUCUGAAUGUGAUAUUACAAGUUUGAGCCAAAUGGCUUACAGAGUCACACCUACAGAGUGAUUAUGAGAAGGGAAUGUGAGUGAGUAGGGAAGUGUCCAUCUGGUCAAGUGUUAUUAGAGAAAGGAGAUGUUGUCAUGACUCAUGUUGAUGAUAGCUCUAAGACUGAAGAUGAGUGGAAGACGAUGGCCGUGUUUACCCCCUGCACUAACUCUCCCUCUUUUUGCCUCUACAAUCUUAGAGAAAAGGAUUCCAAAAGGGUUAUUCGGCUGUCCCCAUAGGAGAACCCUUUUUGUUU